AAAAAUAACAUAUCAAAUUGAUUUUUAUUAUUAAUUUGUUAUGAAAUAAAAAAUGGAAUCAAAAAUAAAAAGACCAAUACGAUCAAAAACAACAAAAAAAAUAAUCAUUGGUCUCAACUAAACAAACAAGAGAAGUUUUCAAGAACCUCAAUUAAGAGAUAACGAAGAAGAAAAGAAAGAGGUAAUUAAAUAUGUUUGGAAAGAGUGUUUUCCCACAUUAGAUGAAAAUAAUUUUAUUAUUCCUGAAGAUUAAAUCAUCUCAGAAAAGGAUAUUAAUAUCCUCAAGGAAUUUCUCUUCCAGAAUAGUUUAGCAAAAAUAAAUCAUUAAAAAAGAAUUCAUUUGGUGGUUUAAUUAGUGAAGAAUUUGAAAAAAAACUUCGAUAAUUGGUCGAAAAUUCAAAAAUAAACAAAGAAAUUCAAGAUGGAACCUAUGGUUCAAAAUCCAACAAUUUCAAGAAAAGACAAAGAAUUCGAAAGAAUAAUGGUUACAGUAUCAAUAAUAAUGGCAAUAAUAAGGAUUCAGGAAACGGGAAGUCGGGGUUUCAGAGCAAAAGAAAAUCCACAAGUAGUGAGAUUGGCCUGUGAUCUUGGAAGAUACUUCAAUCAUUUCGUUCAAAAACUCAUGUGCGAUCAGAAGGAGCAGGUCCAGUUGUAUAAUGAACAAAAUUCAGCUAUUACAGUUAAUCUAAACAAAUCAUUAACGAUGGUUAAUAAUAUUUUUACAAACAAAUAAAUAAUUACUACAAAUAUGAUUU